AUGUCGCUCGUGACCGGCGAGAAGACGAACUUCCAGUUCAUCUUGCGUCUGCUCAACACCAAUGUUGACGGCAAGCAGAAGAUCAUGUACGCGCUGACCCAGAUCAAGGGUGUCGGUCGCCGUUACUCCAACCUGGUCUGCAAGAAGGCCGAUGUCGACCUCACCAAGCGUGCUGGUGAGCUCACCACCGAAGAGCUCGAGCGCAUCGUGACCAUCCUCCAGACCCCUACCCAGUACAAGAUCCCCUCGUGGUUCCUCAACAGACAGCGCGACAUCACCGAUGGCAAGGACACCCAGGUUGUCUCCAACGGUCUCGACUCCAAGCUCCGUGAGGAUCUCGAGCGCCUCAAGAAGAUCCGCUCCCACCGUGGUCUGCGUCACUACUGGGGCCUCCGUGUCCGUGGUCAACACACCAAGACCACUGGCCGCCGCGGUCGCACCGUCGGUGUCAGCAAGAAGAAGGGCUAA